AUGCUCCUUCCAAACAGGGUGUUACUAAACGCAGCGUUGCAUUGGAAAUGUGUCCCUUGCAUCUCGAUUCAAGGUAAGCUUUUUUCUUUGUCACGAAAUUGAUUCAAACGGUCUUCAGUGCGAGAAAAUGCGUGGCGAGCAAGCUUGGGAAAGGUAUCUCGGAAGGAAUACUUGAAACGGUUUCAAGUGCGGCUGAUUAGACCAGAUGGAUCAACUAUUAUGGUACCAUCCAGUGAGCCGAGACAGGUGAUUUUUUCAUUUUUAUUUUUUGAGAAGUACUUUUUCAGGUUUUCCAAUCCGCAAUCGACAUCAAGCAGUUGAGUGAAGAUGAGCGAAGGCAACGUUUGGCCGCCAGGAAACCAAAGGCGAAGAAAAUUGUCCAGGUUUUGUUUUAUUCAAAGUUUCUUUUGUUGAAAGUGUGAAUUUCCAGGAAAACAUUGACGAUAACUUCGACGCCGGUGAAUACAUGAAGUUUUUCGAUGCACCUUCUACAAAAAAAACCAAAUCGUCAAAUUGA